GGUGAGUUGGUCAGUAAAUACUAAAGCUCGAAUUUUCUUAUUUUUGGGCCCGGUGUCCGGAUUUUUUCAAACUGACUCGGGCCGGGUUUUCAUGGCCAGAACCUCGAGCCCAGAUUUAUUAAGAUACCCGGUUUUUGGGCCCUGCCUUGGUUCAGGUGGCACUGGCGGAAUAUUGUAGAUUUUUGGGCCACUACUGAAUCCAGGAUUUGCUAUCUUGUCUCACUUUUACAAUCUAGUGUACGUUUUUUAAUAAUUUUUAAUGAUAAUUUUCAGAAUUUUUUUCAAGAUUUGAUUUUUAUCAAUUUAUAUUCCCUUAUUAGCUACACAAGUCUUUCUUCAAAACAAUUUUUGGUUUUUGAAUGGGUUGCCUUUUUAAAUGUCUAGAUCCUGGACCACCAGAUGAUUCUGUUCGUCAUUUUUGGCAUAUUAGAGGCCUUUUACUUGAUGCACUUCCUUGUAGUAGUAAUAAUGAAAAUACCAACAGUCAACAACAACAAAAACAAUCAAAACCGGAUAAUCUUUGUGUACAAGAAAGUGGAAGUAGUAGUGGGGGAGGAGGAGGUGGCGGAACAACAAAAAAUGAAGAAGAAAAUGGUGAAGGAGGAUUAAUACCUAAAUUAACUGUUCAGAGACUUCCCCCAGGUGUUUUAUACGUUUACGAAGGAAAACUAGUCUAUAGAAGUAGACGUUGGAUGCCUUGGCCUUCAAAUAUUUUUUUAUUAUCUUCUUCAAGUGGUCGACGACAACCUGGGGAAUUUUCGAUCGAAUUGUGUCAAAUUGGGGAUGUAAAUGUUGUUGAACAAUUUAUUUCUCAACGAGAUGGAAAGCCUUUUCGUUGUCAAGGACCUUUAGUGGAUGUUGUAGUAACUGGAAAACAACCAAAUAUUCAUUUAGGCCUUUUAACAGCUCAACCAGAUUGUGUGGGUAAAGAAUUGAGAGAAGUAUUUUUAAGGCAUAGACAACGUCCAAGAAUAUUUCAAUUUAAUUCUGUGGAUAUUGAUGGAGUUGAAAUUGAAUUGGAAAAUUUGUUCAAAUUGAAGGAUGAUGCUGAAGAGGAAAUGAAGAUUGCGGCUAGAUGGGUUAACUACUAUUUGCUUUUUUGAUUCUGGAUUAAUUUUGAAGAGAAUCUGAUGAUGUUUGGUUAUCAAAUUAAUGUGUGAGGUUGGUGGAGGAUCGAUUUCGAUGAGCGAGAUGUCUGACAAUAACUGACAAUGAAAGGUUUGUUUCUU